AUACACACAACACCAACACGCAACCAGUAGCGGAAGCCUAUCCACAUGACUUAGAAGUCAACCGGUGAUCUGUGGGAAGCCGAAGUUAUCCCUCCCUACUAUCUCAGCAUCCUUCCCAGCAAUUGGGGGAAAAAAAGGAGAAGCCAAACAAGCAAAAGUUUUUUCUCUGACUCGCGAAAAGAGGAGUCGACAUGGAUGAAAAGGAGCUGUUUGUGUGAAUAAACGAAAAGACUGACGACAUUCUUCACACGGUAAAAGAAUGAUAACAUAGCUAGCACUUUGUGUUAUUUUGUAUGAGAGGACACGAAAACCACAACUGUGGGAAAGUUUCAAGCAGGGACUGGCUAUGGCGCGGGAGAGCGAAGAGCCCGGGAUGGCCAAAGCUUCAAAAGUCAAAAGGCAAAGAAAGAAGAAACCAAAGGAGAACAAGACCAGGACAGUCCACGCAAACCUGCUGUAUGACAACGCCAAAGGGGAGGAAAACCCAAACAGAAACUAUGCAAACAACAAGAUUAAGACGACCAAAUACACUGUGCUGUCUUUCCUGCCAAAGAAUCUUUUUGAACAGUUCCAUAGAUUUGCCAAUGUUUACUUUGUUUUCAUCGCUUUGCUGAAUUUCGUUCCAGUUGUCAAUGCCUUUCAGCCAGAACUUGCUCUGGCUCCUGUAGUUUUCAUUUUGUCUGUCACUGCCAUCAAAGACUUAUGGGAGGACUACAGAAGACACAGGUCGGAUCAAGAAAUCAAUCACAUGGAUUGUCUGGUCUACAACAGAGCGGAGAGACGCUAUACGGAGAGGUACUGGAAGGAGGUGCGGGUGGGAGACUUCAUCAGGCUGCGAUGUAACGAGAUCCUCCCCGCCGACGUUCUGUUGCUGAGCUCCAGUGACCCCGACCGCCUGUGCCACAUCGAGACCGCCACACUGGACGGCGAGACCAACCUCAAGCAGAGGCAGGUCGUUCGCAGCUUCUUUGACCUGGAUUGUGAUUUUGACCCCUUAAAGUACAACGGCAUAAUUGAAUGUGAAAAGCCCAACAACGACCUGAACAGAUUCCGAGGCUACAUAAUCCAUCGAAGUGGCCGAAGAGAUGCACUUUACAAAGAAAACCUGCUGCUGAGAGGCUGCACCAUCCGCAACACAGAAGAGGCUGUGGGAAUAGUCAUUUACGCAGGUCACGAGACCAAAGCCAUGCUAAACAACAACGGCCCGCGCUACAAGCGCAGUAAACUGGAGAGACAGAUGAAUGUAGAUGUGUUCUGGUGUGUCAUCAUCCUGCUGGUCAUGUGCCUGUUUGCUGCUGUUGGUCAUGGGCUGUGGAUGUUUCAGUACGGAGAUAAGAGACCUGUGUUUGACGUUCUUAGUCCCGAGGGGACAGACUUAUCACCCAUCAUGUCAGCCAUUUAUCUCUUCCUUACCAUGAUCAUCGUCUUUCAGGUGCUGAUACCUAUCUCCCUUUUUGUGUCGAUUGAAAUUGUCAAGAUCUGCCAAGUGUACUUCAUCCAUCAGGACAUGGAUCUGUACGACGAGGAGACGGACUCUCACCUGCAGUGCAGAGCUCUGAAUAUCACCGAGGAUCUCGGCCAGAUGCAAUACAUCUUCUCUGACAAGACGGGCACGUUGACGGAGAACAAGAUGGUGUUUCGCCGCUGCACUGUGGCAGGGGUGGAGUACUCCCAUGAUGCCAAUGCUAGAAGACUGGCUAUGUACCAGGAGAUGGAUUCUGAGGAAGAAGACUGUACGUCUCACGGUGGCACCCUGCCCAGGCGGGACAGUGUGACCAGCCAUCAGAGUGCCCGGGUGGUGCUGCGCUCCCAGAGCACCAAGUCCCACCGCAGGACGGGCAGCAGGGCGGAGGCCAAGCGAGCCAGCAUCCUUUCUAAGCACACGGCCUUCAGCAGCCCCAUGGAGAAAGAUAUCACCCCUGACCCUCAGCUCCUAGACAAAGUCAAUGAAUGCAGCAGUCAGAUGGACUUCAUGCGCUUCCAUAACCAGCCCAUGUCCCAGCUGCCCUCUGACCUCGCUGACAUCAUUGAUUUCUUCAUCGCUCUCACCAUCUGCAACACGGUGGUGGUGUCCUCCCCCAACCAGCCCAGGCAGAAGGUCCGGAUGAGGUUUGAGCUGAAGUCCCCAGUUAAGACCAUCGAGGACUUCAUUAAGCGCUUCACCCCGAGCCGACUGACCUCAGGCUCCAACAGUAGCAGCUCCUCCAGCCUCAUCACCAACCGCUCCUCCAACAGGGGCUGCUCCAGCCUGCUGUCCUCCCCCUCUGCAGAGAGCACGCUCACCAAACUGGACGAGGAGCAGUCUCCCCAAGGCAUGGAGCACUCCUUCGGCCCCGUCCCGCCCUGCUACAACGGGAAUGCGUGGAACCUGGAGGAUGGAGAAUUGCGCUACGAGGCGGAGUCGCCUGACGAGGCUGCGCUGGUCUACGCCGCCAGAGCCUACAAGUGCUCCCUCGUCGGACGCCUCCCUGACCAGGUGACUGUGGAACUUCCACACCUGGGGAAGUUGAGCUUUGAGCUGCUGCACACGCUGUGCUUCGACUCCACCAGGAAACGCAUGUCUGUGGUGGUCAGACACCCUCUGACGGAUCAGAUCACGGUCUACACUAAAGGAGCAGACUCGGCCAUCAUGGACCUCAUCAGACCCCCCGACACAGGAAGCUCCAAAGGGAAACGCCAGAAAAAGAUUGUCAGCCGGACCCAAAACUACCUGAACCUGUAUGCUGCAGAUGGCCUUCGCACACUGUGCAUUGCAAAAAAGAUUCUGAGCAAGGAGCAAUAUGCCUGCUGGCUGCAGCGUCACCUGCAGGCUGAGACCGCCAUCCAGGGAAGAGAGGAGCUGCUCUUUGACUCUGCCCUGCGACUGGAGACAAACCUCCAGCUUCUGGGAGCGACGGGCAUUGAGGACCGGCUGCAGGAUGGUGUGCCUGAAACCAUAGCUUCUCUGCGGAAGGCUGGCCUGCAGAUAUGGGUGCUGACGGGCGACAAACAAGAGACGGCUGUCAACAUUGCGUACGCCUGCAAGCUGCUGGACCCUGAGGAGGAGAUCCUGACACUGAAUGCUGAUUCUCAGGAGGCAUGUGCGUUGCUGCUGGAGGAGAGUUUACACUACAUCCAGGCCAAAUUCCUCUGCAGCUCCACAGACCAAGCUGCCAAGGCCUUCCACAGUAACUUUGCACCCUUUGAGAUCUAUCCGUCCUCAUCUCCAUCCUCAUCCUCCCACACCACUCCCUUCACGGUGCUCCAGCUGGGCCUGGUCAUUGAUGGGCGGACCUUGGCCUAUGCCCUGGAUAAGAGUUUGGAGGAUAAGUUUCUGGCUGUGGCACGGAGCUGCCGCUCAGUGCUUUGCUGCCGCUCCACGCCGCUGCAGAAGAGCAUGGUGGUCAAACUGGUGCGGAACAAGCUGAAAGUCAUGACUCUCGCCAUAGGUGACGGGGCCAAUGAUGUCAGCAUGAUCCAGGUAGCGGACGUGGGCGUGGGCAUCUCGGGACAGGAGGGCAUGCAGGCGGUGAUGGCGAGUGACUUUGCUCUCCCGCGUUUCCGCUAUCUCCAGAAGCUCCUGCUGGUCCACGGACACUGGUGCUACUCCCGCCUGGCUAACAUGAUUCUCUAUUUCUUCUACAAGAAUGCUAUGUUUGUAGCGCUCAUCUUCUGGUAUCAGUUCUACUGCGGUUUCUCAGGUUCAGCCAUGAUUGACCAGUGGUAUCUCAUCUUCUUCAACCUGAUGUUCUCCGCCUUCCCACAACUCAUCACUGGCACUCUGGACAAAGACGUGUCAGCAGAGACUCUCCAACAACUACCUCAGCUUUAUGUGAACGGCCAAAACUCCGAGGAAUAUAAGCCAUACAUGUUCUGGAUGAACAUGAUCGAUGCCUUCUACCAAAGUCUGGUCUGCUUCUUCAUCCCUUACUUUGCCUACGCUGACUCUGACGUGGAUCUGUUUACAUGGGGAACGCCCAUCACCACCCUUGCUUUAUUGACCAUUCUGGUGCACUUGGGCAUUGAGACCAAAACCUGGACCUGGAUGAACUGGCUGUCUAUCGCCUUCAGUACAGCUUUAUUCUUCACCGUGGCUCUGUGCUACAAUGCCUCCUGUCCCACCUGCUACACCCCGUCUAACCCCUACUGGACCAUGCAGAGGCUGCUGCAGGACCCCCUCUUCUACCUGCUCUGUGUCAUCACGCCUGUAGCCGCGCUGCUGCCCAGAUAUUUCUACAGGGCGUGUCAAGGCACGCUGUUUCCCACCCCAGUCCAAGUUGGAAGACAGUUGGAUAAACUCCCCACUGAAACUCGCCGGAACAUUCUGAGCCUCAGGAGGGUGAAGGCGGGGUCAGCGCUCAGCCCCAAGCCUCCCUUCCUGUCCCUCAGCAAGCCUUCCCCUAAAGGUUGCAAUAAAAAAGACCUGAGGAGCUUCCCCAGCUCCGAGACAUCACAGGGGCCCGCUUUACAAAUGGAUGAACAGGGCCAGAGAAGCCCGCUGGGGCCUGCAGAUAGUAAUAAGGGCCCUUUAGAUCUCUAUGCAAUAGUUCCUACAGAAAAAGACACUCUUCCUUACACCAAAGACACUCCUAAGCUCCCCGAGGAGCCGCGGCCUCCUUCCACCAAAGACUCCGAGUGUCUCGGUAAGACUUUAGAGGCGUCAGAUGUGAGUCUGUCCGGCUGGAUCACCUCCACGCCUCUGCUCUCUCAGACAGGCAGCGUCCAGCUGAACCUGCCCCCCGCCGGAGACUCCCAGUGCGUCAAAUACACCAGGAACUCGGACCAAAGACUAAAGUCGGACCACAGCAUUCAUCCAGCACAGAGGACAGAGCAGGGGGCGGAACAGUCGCUGCACACCACCCUGUGAUGUCUUACAGUCUUAACUAUCUUACUCACAACAAUUUGCACGAUAGAUUUUUAAAAAAAGUCUUUUUAUUGUAUUUUUCAAGGAGAUUCUUUUAUAAAAGAUACAAAUAGGUACUUUAUAUUCAGGAUGUUUAAAGCUUAAGAUAUUUUUGAGGUUUUGAAGAUGGAAGAACUGGAACAUCUCCCAUUUGAUUUAGGUUUUUUUUUUAUCCUGGAACUUUUUUUAUAUCAAAGAUGCAUCUCAGUAGUUGAUCAGGUUUUAAUGCAAGGAGGAGCACAGGAGAGACAUUCCACUGCUGGCAUGUUUGAGAGUUUAUUUUCUUUCUCUGUUCAUUCUUUUAGCUUCGCCUGCAAAUGCAUUAAGACCAGGAUCAGAUGCCAUCCGUGGCCUUGAAUCAGUGUUGACAUUCCUGAGAAGAGACAUUUCAUAUGUUUUAAGUUCCCACAGAAAUGUGUUUCAGUGCAGAUUCUCAAAGAGUUUUAUCUUUACAUAAAUCAGCAGACAGCGGCGUUUGCUCACUGCUCCUUUCAGUCUUGUUGCUGGAUUUGCAAACAUUUGUUUGCUAAAUUUUAAAGGCUGAAAAGUGUGUUAAUAGCUGUUCUGUCAUACUGUACAUUCCACUGAAUAAUUAUGAGAGCUGUUGACUUUAAAUAUGAUAAUGCAAUAUGAGAAUUCACCUUUAUACAGCAACAAUCUACCAGUAAUGAUGCUGUGUGCGUGUGCGUGUGCGUGUGUGCAUGUGCGUGUGCGUGUGUGUGUGUGUGUGUGUGUGUGUGUGUGUGUGUGCCGUUUUUACACGGAUUAAACAAAUGAGAUAUAACAUGUUAGUCAGCUUUUCUACCAGGCUAGCUGUUUCCCUCUGUUUUCAUUCUUUAUGCUAAGCUAAGGCAACCGUCUCCUAGCUGUAGCUUCAUAUUUAGCACAUACAUGAGUAUGAGGUAUUAAUCUUCUCAUCUAACGGUAUUUCCCAAAAUAUAAAAACUAUUCCUUUUAAGCGCUGUGCAGUAGGUCAACAACACGCUACCGUCACGUUUACUUUGUGUCCUUUCUAACCGUUUAUUUCAUGUGCUGAGUUCGUUUGUUCUGCUGGUGCUCCGCUGGAAACCAAAAAGCUCAACGGUGAAAGAUGUGACUUUAAGAUUUAAAUUUGCACUUUGAAAGCAUUAUUUUUUAAAUUUCAAGUAUUGUUGGUGCUGGCGGCAUGUUCCGUUUGACAAGGUUGGGAAGUUUUAUUCCUUUCACAUGUUUGAAAGGAAUCGUGAUGUACUUCUUGUCAUUGUGCACAAAUGAACCAGUUAACGUAUGGGAAAUUGGAAACAUGCUAGACUUUGUUUCAUUAAGCAUUUAAAGCAGCAGCACCUUUAAUAUGUCACGAUUGUGUAUCUGUUGUGUCAGUGCAGUACAUUUUUUAUAAAGUGUAUCAUUUUCCAAAGAUCAUUUAUAUUUCUGUAUUCUCUAAGCAAUAGUAUGUGCCUUAACACUGGAUAAGAAAUUACAAAUCUAAGAGUUUGCUUCCGAUGCUGCAGCUGUGUCUUUGUUCAGUGAGGGUCGUCUUGUGUUGGUGUGGAUGAUAUUUAUGAGGCCACAUGCUAUGUGGUUUCUUUCCUCCGGUCUGUUUUUGCACACAGCGCCUUUUUCUGGCAUGUUGUUUGCAUUCUGACUGUGCAGUCUGUCCACUUUGUUUUAUGGGUUUCGGUCUGUUCUGUGCUUUUGGCGUUGCAUUCAAUGUGCCAGAAUGAAGCUCGAGCGUAGUCACUGCUGAAUUCCAGGAAACUCCACUCUCACCGUACACAGCAUUGAAACAUAUCUGAGCUCCAUUUGUUGGUUUAUCAAAUGAUCUGCUGUUAAAGUUCAGUGUCAUUCCAAGGUAUUAAUCUAGAUAUCUAAUAGACCCAAGAUCACACAAAGUUCUUGGUCUAGCCUCUCUAAAUUGUAGCAAUGAAAAGUUGCAGCCCACACUAACACACACUUGGGGAAAAAAACUGUUUUUAAGUUUCAGGAUUAAAAUUUUUCUUAACAGUUCUUUGUCCUUUGAGUAAUUGGAGAUUACUUGUACCGUGGCUACUUGUGAACAAAAUAAAAAUGACAAUAAUAAAGUAUUUAUCCUUUACUACCUG